AUGGUUGAUGACGACAUCCUCCUCAGCACGCUCACCGCCGUCCUCAACAAGGACUUCGGUAACGCCGCCUCCAACCUCUCCCUCAUACCGGAGCCCUCCUUCCCCAAGUUCGUGGCAUACUUGCAGAUGGAGGAGCGCCAGACGAAGAGGGUCAAGAAGCGCGUGCAGCACCACACCCUCGCCGCCGGCACCUCGCGUGGUGCCCCUCCAUUUGCCGCCCCGCCCGCGCCUGCGCCCCGCCACCAGUCGGCGCCCCCCGCGCCUCCGGGGUUCUACCCCCUCCCGCCCGCACCCCCCGCCCCUCCCGCUGCCCCCAGCAGCCGCAGCAGGGUGGCGGGCGCCGCGACAACCGCCGCGGGGGCGGUCACAAACAGGCGCAGGGGGGGCUCGUCAGCAGCAGCAGCAGGCCACCCCGCCCUGGACUUACGGCACCAACCCGUGGACGGACGUCGUACAUGCAUACUCGAUGCCGGUUCCUCGGGCUCCCACUUCGGGCAUCCUUGGGCCUCGGCCGGCGAGCCACCAGGCGCUCUUCACUGCGCAAAACGCCGCCCCUACAUCGGCUACAGCGCCGCGCCCGCGCCUGCCUACGGUGCCGUGCCCGCCUACAACGCCUACGGCGCCGCUCCCGCGUCGGCCUACGGAGGGUUUCUCCCUCCCCAGGUACCGUCACCCUCGGCGUCUCCCGCGGUGCGAUUCGCCCCUUCCUCCACCUCUAGCAAACCGCCCAGCCGCGCACCGGGCUUGGCCCUGCCCACGCUCCCGGCGCCGGCGGCCCCCUCGGCCGCCCCCGUCGCCGCGCCCCCUAGCGCCUCCUCGGCCGCCCCCUCAGUCGCCCAUUCGGCUGCCCCCGGCGCUGUGGCCCCGCCGGCCGCCCCCGAUGCCCCGGCCCCUUCGGCCGCUCCGGAGACCGGCUCGAGCUCAUCCUCGCCGGUCCCCCCCUCGGCUCCGCUGGCCGCCGCUGCACCUCUCACCGGUGUGGUCACUCGGGCUCGAACCGGGACGUUUCGUCCCAGCACGCGCUACACCUCCGACGAGUACGCGUGUGCCGCGUCCACCUCGGCCCAGUCCCCGCUCCCCACCUCCGUCCGUGCAGCCCUUCGGGAUCCGAACUGGCUUGCUGUGAUGCGUGAGGAGUUCGACGCCCUGCAGCGCAACCGGGACCGAAUAGGAUUUACCCGCAAUGGCAGCCACCCGUCUCUCCCCACGCGGGCUGAAGAAAACCCAGCAACUGCCGGGGCCUCGCUUCGUCCAGCUCCUCCGCCGCAAACAACUGCUGCCUCGACGUCCUCGCCGUCGCCCAAUUGGCGGGGACGCCGGGACGGGCCGGGACGGGCCGGGACUGGCAGAGUAGAUAUUUCUUUCAAGGACGCUUUUUGGCGCGACGCAACCGCGUAUCCACGGCCUUCCUCCCAGCAACAGCAGCCUUAUCGUUGUCUUCACCCCCUCCAACCUCUCACCUCUGCACAGAGAGGCACCAUAUCGAGGAUGCCGCUCCCUCCGUCCCCUCCCCCCUCCCUCUCCAGCAAGCCCCCCACCCUGCCCUUCUCUCCCAAGAAGACGCCGCCGAUGCCCGUCUACAAGGACCUGCACUUCAACCACGACCUGUCCGCCACCAAGAAGUUGCAGGCUGGCGUGGACCUGGUGGCGCGGCUGGUGGGGGUCACCCUGGGUCCCAAGGGGAGGAAUGUGGUGCUCGCCAACAAGUAUGGCCCUCCCAAGAUCGUCAACGACGGGGAGACGGUCCUCAAGGAGAUCGAGUUGGAGGAUCCGCUGGAAAAUCUAGGAGUUAAAUUGGUCAGACAGGCCGGCGCCAGGACGAACGAUAUUGCCGGCGAUGGGUGUACCACUUCUAUAAUCCUUGCUCAAGGCCUGAUUGCUGAAGGAAUGAAGGUUCUUGCUGCUGGAAUGAAUCCGGUUCAAAUUGCGCGUGGCAUUGGGAGGACUGCUGAUGCUUUGGUUUCUGAACUCAAGUUGAUGUCACGGGAGAUUGAAGAUCAUGAAAUAGCACACGUGGCUGCAGUUAGCGCCGGAAAUGAUUACGCUGUCGGAAACAUGAUUUCUGAGGCUUUUAAAAGAGUAGGCAGGGAAGGUUUGGUUAGGAUUGAAAACGGGAGAAGUACUGUAAACAGUUUGGAGGUUGUUGAAGGAAUGCAGUUUGAACGUGGUUACCUCUCACCUUUCUUUGUGACUAAUCAUGCGAAUAUGUCCGCGGAGUACACUGACUGUAAGAUCCUGUUGGUUGACAAGAUAAUUUCUGAUCCAAGGGAACUUUUAAGGGUAUGUUUUAGUGCUGUAAAAGAAGUUUUUCCAUUAUUAAUAAUUGCUGAGGAUGUCGAAGAAGAAGCAUUGGCUACUUUGACGAGAAACAAGCUAUCCGGGAUGAUCAAAGUGGCAGCAAUUAAGGCUCCUUCUUUCGGUGAACAAAAAACCCAAUGCUUAGAAGACAUUGCAAUCAUAACAGGAGGUACAGUAGUGAGAGAUGACAUGGGAUACACACUAGAAGAGGCAGGGAAAGAGUUCUUAGGCUCUGCUUCUAAAGUAAUAGUCAAGAAAGAUUCAACACUAAUUGUUACUGAUGGAAGCACCCUUCAUGCAGUUGAGAAAAGGGUUGCUCAGAUAAAAGGCCAAGUUGAGAACUCAAAGGAGACGUACCAGAAAAAGAUACUGGGUGAGAGGAUUGCAAGGUUAUCUGGUGCAAUUGCAAUCAUUCAGGUUGGUGCUCAAACAGUCAUUGAGCUGAAAGAUAAGAAACUGAGAAUUGAAGAUGCCCUUAAUGCAACCAUGGCAGCUAUUGAGGAAGGUGUUGUAGUUGGUGGUGGAUGCAGCCUACUAAGAUUAUCCCAGAAGAUUGACAUAAUCAAGGAAUCAUUGGAUAAUUUAGAGCAGAAGAUUGGUGCUGACAUCUUCAAACAUGCUCUGAGCUACCCUACCACACUAAUAGCUAAUAAUGCCGGGAUGAGUGGCAAGUUCGUCAUCGAAAAGGUGCUGUCAAAUGACAAUGCAAGUUAUGGAUACAAUGCUGCCAACGGCUGCUAUGAAGACCUGAUGGCUUCUGGAAUAUUGGACCCAUCAAAGGUUGUGAGGUGUUGCAUAGAGCAUUCUGCUGUUGUUGCCAAGUCUUUUCUCACCUCCGAUGUAGUGAUCGUGGAGGCGCAAGAAAGCAAACCGGUUCGCGUAAGGCCCCCGAUGCCCCCUAGGAACCUGAUUCCCCCAAUGCCUGCAUCAGUUUCAGGUAUUCGAGUCUAGCAUGCACGCUCUUGUUUGGAGCCACCACAAAUGUGCCUGGGAUGAAUAAUUUUGUGGGCAAGUCCGUCAAGAUAUGAGCUGGAAGAAAGAUAUACUACUACUUCCGUUUAAACAUUGCUCUUAACAAGAGGGGAGCGAGGGUCCUCCUCAGGCCGUGUGUGCAACGUUUUCCUCGGCAGAGAAGAACUCGAAAGAUGCCAACCAGAGCGCCCAUGGGGGCUCUCCGGGAAGUUCGUACAGGCAUUCGCACUACAGCUGCGGUUCAAUGUAGUGCACACUGACAAGUUUAUGCGAGCAAAUAGCAUCCCAUCAUUUUGCUGA